AUGAUCGGCAACAACAACUCGCUGUUGCAAUGGUACCGCGAGAUCCCCGUGGUCACGCGGACGUACCUCACGAUGGCGUUCGUCGUGACCGCGGCGUGCUCCCUCGACAUCCUCACCCCCUACCGCCUCUACUACUCGACGCGCGCCGUGUUCAAGCGCCAUGAGUACUGGCGCCUCAUCACCAACUUCCUCUUCUUCGGCAAGCUCGGGCUCGACUGGCUGUUCCACAUGUUCUUCAUGUCCCGCUACGCGCGCGCGCUCGAGGAGAGCUCCUUCCACAACCGCCCUGCGGACUUCCUGUGGAUGCUGGUGAUCGGCGGCACGCUGCUGUCGUGCAUGGCGCCGUUCACGCGCGUGGACUUCCUCGGGCCCUCGCUCGCGUUCAUGCUCGUCUACGUCUGGGCGCGCCGGAACCAGUACGUCACGCUCCAGUUCAUGGGCCUCGUCCACUUCACCGCGCCGUACCUGCCGUGGGUGCUCGUCGGGUUCGCGAUGGCGCUCGGCCACGACCCCGUGUACGACCUCCUCGGCAUGGCCGCCGGCCACAUAUACUACUUCCUCGAGGACGUGUACCCGGCGAUGUUCCCGCACCGGACGCGGCCGAUUCAGACCCCCGGGGUGCUCUGCGCGCUGCUGGGGCAGUCGCCGCGGGACAACCUGCCGCCGCUCCCGCCCGUGACGGUCGUGCACGGAGCGCGCAUCCUACGCGCGACGGGCGGCUAG